CAUCUCCUAUUUGCUUUCAUGGCUGACAUCCAACUACUGAAAAAAAGAAAGGUGAUUUAGAAUUAAAGGAUUGCUCAUCUGUAUUGCAAGGCCCUUCGACCGGUUCAUUCCAUGACGUCCAGGGACCCCAAGAUGGAGAAUAGGACACACAAUGAAGACAAUCCAUGAAAACCAGAAGAUCUACUAUUGCGAUUGAGAACAUCAAGACCAGGCAGCAAAGGACGAAGGAGGUCAGGCUGUACCUAUAUGGAUGAAGCCGAUUUCUCAGAAGAUACAACUUCUAAGCAACAGGAGGAUUUGCCUUAUGAUGGGGAUUUCUCCCAAGUUAAGAUAUACAAUGAUUCCAAUUUUACCUCAAAAAAUGAGUUCCUUUAUGUCUCGAAUCAAAUUAUUUUAACAAAAGAUGACCCUCAAGAAAAGGCUACACACAAGGAGACUUGCAGAAAUGCAGACAUGGCCAUGACUCUGGACAAAAUGACUGAAGAUGCUGUCAACAAAAACUAUGAUGAAGAGAAACAAUGCACCAUAAAUCUUCCUAUUCUGGCUGAUAACAGAGACCCUGCAAAGUCAAAGAUUUCUGGUAUGUUACUCCAUCAUCUUUCUAAAGAGGAAUUCUUAAAAGGUCAAGGCAUUAAUUGUGAAACUCUCCCAGAGAUCUCUAAUGCUGACAGUUUUGAUGAAGCUAUUCUUAAAAAUAUUAUUUUGCAGUAUGUUAAGAAUUCUUGGCCAAAAGAACAAACUCCAGAACUCACUGACCAGCUCAACCCCCAAAGGGAUGGUGAAAACAGCAAUAAGCCCAGUUGUUCUCCAACUACAACAGAAGAAAACAUCUCUGAUUUAGAAGAGCUGACUGGAGACAGCAGCCAUCAAGAAAAUUCAAAUUUUCUAACUAAAAUCAAGAGUCCAAGUGAUAAACAAAAAAGUUGCCACGGGCAGACAUCCCAGAAACAGCAGCCUGAAAAAGCAAGUUCAGGCAGUGGGUUCAAACGUGGCCAAAGUCUAGUUCAUUACCUGCUCUCUGAUUUCUCUAAGGUUGCUCCCAAAGUAAAAAUCCCUAAAAAUAGCAUAACUGAUAAAACACUUACAAUAGAUAAACAAGCCAACUUUUCUCCUACAUGGAGAUAUAAAUCAGCUAUUGUGCAAGAUAUUUUAGAAAACAUGUCUAGGUCAAAUGUUGUUGAAAAACAAGAGCAGAAAAUGAAAACUACCAAAGUUUCACAACUGAUAGAGAUGGAGCCCACAAUACAUGUCCACCAAGAACAUCUCACAGGACUAGAAUCUGAGACAAGUCUCUUGAAGUUGUCAUCAACCUCUCAGAAAGAACCUUCCUCAAGUUCUUCUUACAUAUUUCAAAAGAUAUCCCAAGGGAAACAGAUGUGUCAGAAGUUAAAAGAACAGACUGAUCAACUGAAGACUAAAGUACAAGAAUUUUCCAAAAGCAUAGCACAGGAUUCUCCCUAUCAUUUGCAAGACAGGAGGCUGGUCCUGGAGAACCUGCAGGGCCAUCUUGAACUGCUGGAGCAGGAGUUUCUGGCCAAGAAGGAGAAGCGUCUGACUUUGAAGCAGCAAGUCCACAAGCAUGAACCCCGAGUUGUCGGUGACUUUGAUCCAGACAGAAAAGUGGAAGGUGAAAUCUUCAAGUUGGAGAUGCUACUUGAAUAUGUUAAAGAGAAAAUUGAUAAAGGCAAAUACACUUCGGCUCUCUCUCUUCCCAUGAGCUCUCCAAUCAUCCAAUCAUCCCAUGAGUUGGCAUCCGCAUCCUCUCCAUCUUCAAAUGAGGAGGACCCCAGCAACGCCUCGGGAAGGCAGGAACAUGCAGAGAUAACCAGUCCAAGCUGUGCCUUCUGCCGCCGAGUCCUUGAAUGGAAGCAAAAAAUGGAGAAAAACAGCCACAGAAGGAUCAACUGUGGAAGGUUUCCCAGCGCCAUUCAAGAAAAGGCACUGCACCCAGAUUCAGUUCUCUGUUCUGAUGCAGGACACAGCUGCUAUUCUGCUUCUGCCACUGGAGCGCAGAGUAACAAAUGUGAGGCCUGCGGCACUAAGAGUCGUGACUCCGGAAGAGUCUGCGGCAAAGAACCACCUAAAGAAUUUCAUUAUAGACACAACACCCCAGGACAGAAUUACUUGAAUCAUAGUGAAAGAAGUGCCUUUGUCCCGCUCUGCUUUUUAAAUGAAAAUAAAAAUUCUUCACUUUCUUGUUCAAAACCAAACUGGAUCUGUUCCCAGAGAGCGAGUUCAAAAUCUUCUCAAGACGAACAUGAACCCAUAGCAGGAAAGAUUUCUGGCAGCAAAUCCUCAAGCAACUUUAGCAGUAUUGAAGAAAUGGAAUCUGAGAUUUUAAACUCAUCUUUGGAUCAUGCCCUAAGGACAGCAACCAUUUUGAAAGAAACUACUGAUCAAAUGAUUAGAACUAUUGCAGCAGAUCUUGCCAAAAUACAGAGAUGGAGGAAUCAACUGAAAUACUAGUUCGACCUAAGGCAAUUAAGGAUUAAAAAAAAAUGCAAAGAAAACUUGACUUUCUCCAAAAAAGUAUUUUACUUAUUACACAAUUUAGGAAGAUGACUUUCCAGAGAAAACACCAAAACUAUAAGAUAUGGAGGACACAAAGGGCUUAAAUGA